UAUAAUACAUACAUACUUGCACACAUUUGAUCAUAUAUACACGCACAUAGUUUUGUUGUUGAAGAGAAGAAGACAGAAGAAUGGGUGCAUUUGAUUAUAUCUCUAGCUUUUGUUCAUAUACAUACGCUAAUGCCAAAACCAAGCGUAAGCCAUUGCAGACAGUGGAUAUCAAGGUGAAGAUGGACUGUGAUGGUUGUGAAAGAAGAGUUAGAAACGUGGUUCGUCGCAUGAAAGGCGUGAAAUCGGUGGAAGUGAACCGGAAACAGAGCCGGAUAACGGUGAACGGACACGUUGACCCAAACAAGGUGUUGAAGAGAGUGAAGAGCACAGGUAAAAAGGCUGAGUUCUGGCCUUACAUACCUCAACAUAUGGUCUACUACCCUUUCGCACCUGGCAUGUACGACAAACGUGCUCCUGCUGGCCACAUCCGUAAUCCCACUCAGUCCUUUCCAACCGCAAACGCUCCCGAGGAAAACUAUGUUUCCCUCUUCAGCGACGACAAUGUACACGCCGCUUGUUCCAUCAUGUGAGAGGGAUUUUGAUUAUUCACAGACUCUAUAAAUAUAUAUUUCUUCUCUGUAAUUUGUAUACUUUUUUUUUUUUUUGUCUUUUGUUACUUUUA